GCUUUUCCCUGGGUCGGUCUGGGCGGCUGGGCUUGGACGGCCGUGGAGGAGCUCAGCUAGCUGCAUCAUGUUCCUGCACUCAGUCAGCCUCUGGAACCUGGCGUUCUAUGUCUUCAUGGUGCUUCUGGCCACCCUGGGGGUGUGGGAUGUCUUCUUCGGCUUCGAGGAGAACAAGUGCAGCAUGAGCUACAUGUUUGAGUACCCCGAGUACCAGAAAAUUGAACUCCCGAAGAAGCUGACAAAACGCUAUCCAUCCUAUGAGCUCUAUCUGUAUGGAGAAGGGUCUUACGCCGAAGAGCACAAAGCUCUCCCUUUGACAGGAAUUCCUGUUCUCUUCCUUCCUGGUAACGCUGGCAGCUACAAGCAAGUCCGCUCCAUUGGCUCCAUUGCGCUGAGAAAAGCGGAGGACAUUGACUUCAAGUACCACUUCGACUUCUUCAGCGUGAACUUCAACGAGGAGCUGGUGGCCCUGUAUGGCGGGAGUCUCCAGAAGCAGACCAAGUUCGUGCACGAAUGCAUCAAAACAAUUCUCAAACUGUACAAGGGUCAAGAAUUCGCUCCCACAAGUGUGACGAUAGUUGGUCAUUCUAUGGGUGGCCUCGUGGCCAGAGCAUUGCUUACGCUGAAAAACUUUAAGCAAGAUCUCAUCAACCUUCUGGUCACCCAGGCCACUCCUCACGUGGCCCCCGUGAUGCCCUUAGACCGUUUCAUCACGGAGUUCUAUAUGACUGUAAACAACUAUUGGAUUUUAAAUGCUCGGAAUAUAAAUCUGACUACGCUCUCCGUAGCUGGAGGAUUCCGGGAUUACCAAGUUCGUUCAGGACUGACUUUUCUGCCAAAAUUAAGCCAUCAGACCAGUGCCCUAUCUGUCGUGAGCUCAGCAGUGCCUAAGACCUGGGUCUCAACAGACCAUCUCUCCAUCGUGUGGUGUAAGCAGUUACAGCUGACCACAAUCCGAGCCUUCUUGGAUCUCAUCGACGACGAUACCAAGCAAAUAACUCAGAAACCUAAGAAGAAGUUGUCGGUGUUGAAUCACCACUUCAUAAGACACCCAGCGAAGCAGUUUGAGGAAAACCCAUCCAUAAUUUCUGACUUCCCAGGGUCAUCCAAGUGGGUUCCAGUGAAAGUGGCCAAAUGGUCCUACGUGGCUCAUAAUAACUCUGAAAAGAUUUAUUUUGCAUUUCCUCUUGCAAAUCACAGGAAGAGCUACACUCAUGCCUACUGCCAGAGUACCAUGUUGGAUACAAAUAGUUGGAUUUAUGGCUGUAUAAACAGCACAUCUAUGUGCCGGCAAGGGGUUGAUUUAUCAUGGAAAGCUGAACUGCUGCCAACAAUCAAGUCUCUGACGCUAAGGCUCCAAGACUACCCGUUUCUGUCACACAUUGUUAUCUACAUCCCGUCUGUCCACGGAAGCAAGUUUUUCAUAGACUGUGAAUUCUUUAAAAAAGAAACAAGAUCCAUACAGCUUCCUGUAACUCAUCUUUUUUCCUUUGGAUUGACUUCAAGGAAGGUCAUAUUAAAUCUGAGUGGCCUGUACUACAAUAUAGAGCUUCUGAACUUUGAACAGAUAUACCAGGCUUUUAAAGUCAACGUGGUGAGCAAGUGCUCCAGAGGCAAAGGUGAAGAAAAAACCAGUAUCUAUAAGCUUCAUAUUCCCUGGUCUUAUGAAGAUUCUCUAACCAUCGCACAGGUUCCAUCGUCCACAGAAAUUUCUCUGAAACUUCACGUUGCUCAGCCGGAAAACGACAGCCACGUGGCGUUGUUAAAAAUGUACACGUCUUCAGACUGUAAGUAUGAGGUGACAAUUAAGACUUCCUUUCCACAAAUACUUGGACAGGUCGUUAGGUUUCACGGUGGAGCGUUUCCCGCCUACGUGGUGUCUAGCAUCCUGCUUGCUUAUGGAGGACAGUUGUCUUCUCUCUUCUCAACAGGUUAUUGCUUAGAAUACGCAACCAUAUUGGAUAAAGAGGCCAAACCAUACAAAGUGGACCCUUUUGUGAUUAUGAUUAAGUUUUUGUUGGGGUAUAGAUGGUUUAAGGAGUUAUGGGAUGCGCUGUUACUACCGGAAUUAGAGGCCAUCGUUCUAACCAGUCAGAGUAUGUGUUUCCCUCUGGUGUCCUUGAUUCUCUUUCUGCUCGGAACUUGCACCGCAUACUGGAGUGGUCUACUGUCUUCUGCAUCUGUACAGCUCCUUUCCUCGCUGUGGAUAGCUCUCAAAAGACCUGCUGAGCUUCCCAAAGAUGUCAAGGCGACGUCCUCAGACUUGCCUUUCGCGACAUCUGUCUUUCUCAUAGUGAGCUGGACCACCUGUGGGGCUCUCUCCAUCCUGCUGUCUUACCUGUACUAUGUGUUUAAGGUCGUCCAUCUGCAAGCCUGCCUAACGACGUUUAGAAACAGCCAGCCAGUGAAUCCCAAGCACUCGAGAAGAAGUGAGAAAAAGUCCAACCACUACAAAGACUCGUCGGUGCAGAGUCUCCGCCUGUCUGCUCAGGAUGUUGAGGACAGUCUGCGCAUGCACAGCACCGUGAUUAACCUGCUGGCCUGGGUGGUGCUGCUCAGCCUGCCGUCGCUCAUCUAUUGGCUGAAGAACCUUAGGUAUCAUUUUAAACUUAAUCCCGACCCAUGCAAACCCCUGGUGUUUCUCCUUACUCCGGCUGUAGCGAUUCUUGGAAACACUCACACAGUGUCCAUAAAGUCAAGUAAGUUACUGAAGACGACUUCACAGUUUCCGCUCCCCCUGGCCGUGGGCAUCAUCGCUUUCGGCUCCUCCCACUUGUACAGGGUCCCGAAUUUCGUGGUUGUCCCACUUCUGUACCACGCGUUGUGCAACUUCCUGUAAGACCGGGCUGAGAGGACGAUACAAGCGCUUUAUGCCCCAAGGACCGGUGAUACCGUGAGCACAGCCCCACCAGCCGGCACAGCGAGGUCCUUCAGAGAAGAUGCGUCUAUUUUUACAGUAUUGGAAAUAGGAAAUUAGUUUUGUAACGCGUGAGGAAAGUCGUCGAAGCAUGGUUUCAUUUCGUGACGUAGCGUCUGUGUUCUCGUCGUGCCUGAGGAAUGAGCAAGGGGCACUCGUGUACAUACCAACUAGCCAUGCCGGGAACCUUCUAGAGACUUAGUAGAUGCGGUGUUGUUUGUAGUCUCCUGUGGAACUUCUGCUGGCUUCAUCAGACUUUAUUUGAAAAGUGGGUUUUAUGUUUGCUAGAACUGACAUAUUCAGAAUAGGUCUUAAAAGGUUAAAAGUCACAGCUGUUUCACAGAAGUGAGACAGUCGUGAAGGAGGCUUUGGUCAGUUUUUGGCAACCAUGGGGAGCAAAGUUCGAUCUUUCUUCUUACAUUUAUGAAAAAGGGCCUCCAAAGAGAGACUUUUUUGUUAGCUAUUAGACUUCAGAUUCAAAGCAGUGACUUUUCUUGAGCCUUUAAAUACGAAUCUUGCUGUGCAUUCUUGGUGAAUAUUAAAAGCCAGAAAGAGAUCUACCGGUAGGUCUAUUACCAAAAGACUUUUCUGGUGAGUACCACAUUGGCAUAUUCAGUUUCUGCCCCUGCUUACGUCAGUGCCGACGGUUGCCAAAGGUGCCUCUGGUAAUUAUAAGGUAUUAAAAUAACUACAUUCCAGAGUUGAAAUAACUUGGGAUUUGCAUCAUCUCUCGUCUCCUGGGAAGGAGAGAUUGUCAACACAAGUAGAGUAUUGCCCUUGAUAGGGAAACAGUAGGCAGCCAUUGCGCCAUGGUACUGAGAGAGUGAGCCCUGUCUGAGCCGGCUUCCGCCCUGCCAUUGCUCAGUUAACAGUGGAAUCCUGGCAGGGUUCACUCCCCGGGACUACGGUUUGGCCAGUGAGGGUAACAUUUUAUUUCAUUUCCAGUUGUCGUUCAUUCCUAAGAAUGAAAAACAGAAAAACAGAAAGGCAGGGAGCUGGAAGAACAGAGUUGCUCUCCGCCUUCUGUUAGGAGAAACUCUGAGGAGGUCGGGAUUCACGGAGCCCUUCACCUCGAUGUGUGUUCUAUAAAUGCCCAAAGCCUCUCCAAUGAAGCCCUCGCGUGUGGGUGAGGUCACGGGUGGACUUGUGAGCGCGUGCACUUCUUAGUCCCAGGAUGGCACUUCAGAAACCCGUCUCGUUUUAUCCGCUGUUGCACCGGGUACCACACCCGGUACCCCAACCUCUCAGCUGCCACUGCCAGCCAGAAGGCUCCUCCCACGCCAGUCACUUUGGCAACGGGCCUCAUUUUCCCCUGGGAGUUCCUCCUUGAGUCUUUCCUGUUUCAGAAUUAGUCAGAGGGUGAUGGUAUUACCACAGGGGUUCGUUAGUUUAUGUGACCGUUGCUGUCUUGCCUGGCAUCAUGCUUGUUAGGUAUUCAUAUUCUCACUAAGACUCCGAAAGGAAAGCAGUUAUAGUAGAUGUGGCCGACGUCUCAGUCUCUUGUUGCAGAAAUGUAUCAAACAGAAUAAACUACGCCGUACUGUUCAUUCCGUAUCUGAGAGAGAGCUCAUCAGAUCACACAGUGUUCUCACGGUAUACCACACACACACACACACACACACACGGGCACACACACGCGCACACACACAGACACGAACACACACACACACGCGGACACAUGGGGACACACACACACGCACGCACACACACACAGACAUACCUGCUUCAAUCUUGCCGGGUCUGGGCAGCCUCUAUAUCCGUGUUCGUUCACACUGUCGGUGAUAUUACAGACGUCUCAACUUAAUGGUAGCUGAGUACUUUGACUUUCUGAAUUUGGACAUGCAUCUACAAAAUCUUUACAGAAAUCUGGUAUUCGAGACCUUUUUACAGCCUUUAUUAUUUGUGAGAUCUAGCAUCUCCAUGGUUAUCCGGCGAGUUUGAGUUCUUACUCACAAGUGGUAGGUUUGUUAUCAGGGCACACUAAUUCUUGCUAGAAUGUUUUUUGUCUGAAAGUAUUUAUUCCCAAGCCCCCAAGUCUUAUUUAUGCCAGCAAAAUAUUUCAGAGAAUCGUGGUCUGGGUCUUUGGCCCUUUGUCAUUCUACACGAUCACACAGGAACACACAAGGACAUGCUCUGACAGAGUCUUCUAAAAGAUACACACUCAUGAACACACAAGGACAUGCUCUGACAGAGUAUUCUUCCAGAUACACACUCACACAUGAACACACAAGGACACGCUCUGACAGAGUAUUCUUCCAGAUACACAUACACACAUGAACACACAAGGACAUGCUCUGACAGAGUCUUCUUCCAGAUACACAUACACACAUGAACAUACAAGGACAUGAUCUGACAGAGUCUUCUAAAAGAUACACACUCACACAUGAACACACAAGGACAUGAUCUGACAGAAUAUUCUUCAAGUACUUAGACACAGGUAGCUAGGUAGACUAUCUGAUCAUGAAGACUGCUAUCCCUUAAGAAAAGGGAUUUCCUUUAUCUCAGCAUCUCUUGCUUUUACCUGUCAUGUUUGCAUGUGUUUUAUUACCAUAGUCCCAAUACCAAUGUCACUUGAAUUUGCAGUUAAGUUAGAGAUCAAUACACCAAAUUUUGAGUUCCCUGUUGUGGUUUCGUUUUUAGGAAAUUGAGUUUUUUUAGUAAGUGUUGUGCUUAUUAAACAACUGGAUUUUUUGCUAGUAAAUAGAUUGGGUAUACAUUAGACUAUUAAGAACAUUGAGUGCUCAGUAUUUCUGAAACACCCUCGUAGAGUUAGUGCUAUUAUAAUUUAGACCUGGUAUUUUUAAAAAGAUGUGUAUGUGUGUGUGUGUAUGUGUGUAUAUACACAGCUGUGUGUGCAGUUGCUCACUGUAGCCAGAAGAGGGCAGUGUAUUCCCUAGAGCUGGAAAUAGAGGUGGUUGUGAAUUGCUGGACAGAGAUGCUAGGAACCAAAUUCACAUCCUCCAGAACAGAAGUUCUCUUCUCCCAGCUGUCCCUCCAGCUCUGGGACCUGAUAAAUCUGAUAGAAAUUAUUAUUGCAGUUCUCUGUGUGUAUAUACAUGAGCACACCAGGGACUGAGUCCAGGGCCUGUGUAUCCUAAUUCUGUUCUCUACCUUUGAAGUAUCCACAGCUAGUCUGGAUUCAUUUCAUGCCAAAAUUAAAUACAUUCUAUUCCUUUCUUGGUUACCAUGUAUUGAAAACUUUCAGAACUGUGAUUCUAAAGAAACUGUUUAUGCUGGGUUAACACUAAUCCUUGAGGCUGCCUAAUAUGUAUCAAUCAUGUAUUGACUAGUCUUUUUAAUUCUUUUUAUGUUAUAGCUACAUAAUUUUAGCUGUCUAUAAAGGAUAGUUUAGUUGUUGCUGUCUUCUCGAGACAAGGUUUCUUUGGUAGCCUUGGCUGUCCUAGAACUAGUGCUGUAGCGGAGGCUAGCCUUGAAUUCUCAGAGACCCACCUGCCUCUGCCUCCUGAGGACUGGGAUUAAAGGCAUGUGCCGCCAAUGCCCAGCAAAGGGAUAACUUUUCUUGAGUGAACUAUAAAAUAUUCUACAGUGAGGAAAAAGAAAUAACUCCAGGAGGUCGGCCUGCUGCACAGUUGCUAUUACAUUGUCGUGUGUAUCGACAUGACAUAUUUCCACAAUGCUCACAAAUUUGUACAAGACAGACUGUCUUAUCUACUGUGAAGUCUCUGUACUUUAAAGAAAACUUUAGAGUUCUCACAGCGUGAUGUGUCCAUUUCACCAUGUUCCUUAGCACCUCUGGUGGAAGAUGGCGGAGGGAAAUCAAGGGACGUAGAACUUGGUUUUCAGGAGCUCUUGCAGGCUGCAGAAGGAAGGUGGGCCAUAGGCCUGGAGAGAUGGCUCAGACACUGAAGUGCCUGCUGUUGGAAAACGAGGACCCAAGAGCAAGUUCCCAGAACCCGCAGGAGGAACUGGCUGACCAGUGUGUGUCUAGAAUCCCAGGUCUGAGUGGCGGAUCCUUGCUGCUUGCAGCCAGCCUACUGAAACUAGCAAAAAGACCCUGCCUCAAAAAUUAGGGCGGAGAGUCAUUGAGGAAGGCUCCCAGCAUUGACCUGUGUCGUCCCCUGUGCCCCACCCUGCACCUCUCUCUGCACAUACACAAACAUGUACACACAUGAAAACACAAAACAUUUAAGAGGUACCGUGAGGUAAGCUAGAGCUGCUGGCUUCAGAAUCGUGGGAUAAUCAGAUGGCCUGUAUUUCUCUCCCCAGACAUCAGGUCUGAAUUAAUGCACGGCCUUGUGGUUUUCAGGUUGAUGCAGGAUUUUAGGAUGUUGCCCUUCGACAUUUAGGAAAUGGUCUUAAAAAAAAAUCGUUUGGGAAAAUUCCAACAGUAGGCUGAGGCUUUGGGUAGCUAGUUGGUUUUCAUCUGUGUGGACAGUUUGUGAGUUUGGAUGUCGUAGAACAGAGUUUGUGAAGUUUAUCGAGGGUCACAAUCCAUUUGGGGAGAAUGACAUUUGGCAGGAAUAAAGGGAGCAACGGAAGCUUCUGUGUUUGCGACAUUAGUUCCUCCUAGGAAAGCAGAUCAAGAAAAUAUAGGACUCACUCUAGCCGUAAGGUUGAGAGCUGGAAUUUUAUCAUCGCCAAUCCUUUUGAACAAGAAGCAUUUAUGAUUCCGUGACUCUCUACUCUUUCAACAUGAGGCUUGCUGAGGCGUGGGGAAAUAAGAAAACCCCCGGGUCCUCACGUUCCCAACUUUUCAUAGGACUGUGGGAAAUGGGAGUCAGAGCAGUUCAAAGAUGUACUAUAAAUGCAUAAACAUCUUCAUUUUACAACACAUUGUGAAUAAAGAAAAACAGAAUUGUACGUGGCAGUAACAUUUGAGGACGGAAUAGACUCCGGAGACGGUGGAAACAGGCCUGUUACUCUGUUAGCACGAGGGACGUAACCGCGGCUGGGUCAUGGUGUGAUUCAAAGCUGCCAGAGUCUGAGCCACAGCUUGGUCAAACCAUCUGUGACCAGUCAUUAUAAACCAAGAACCAUUUUCUUUACGUGUUUGGCAUGGUACGCUGCCCAAACCCACCUGAAGCCCUAGGAAACCAGUCCAUUUCUGACGACUUUGUGUAAAAUUGUAUUUUCUUGUGUCAGAAGUAAUCUAUAAUCCUCUUGUACAUGGCCAGUUUGAACGCCAGUGAGAAACUCUUUAUCUGUUGCUGUUUGAUCCGUUUAGUGUACAGUUAUCUAUACUCUUCGUCUCGGAAACCUACAGGGAGCUGUUUUGUGAACUGCACGUACUCUUUCAAAUGCUCUUUGGAUUUUUAGUGUUCGUGAGGUAGCAAUGUUACUAUGGCAAAAGUUUCUAGAUCUGUGUAUCCCUACUGACAGCUCCAGAGCCUAAUGGUCUAUGUGUUUGUAUUUCACAUGAUUUGUUCUGUUUCAUUUUGGACUAUUUACAUCCUUUUAUUAGGAAAAUAAAGAUACAUUUGAAUUCUUUUCAGCAUAAUCUGCAUUGGAAUCUGUGAGUACCCCCGUGGUUAGCAGAACUUACUUUGCCACCAAAGCUAAACGAACUGUAAAAUACCUCCGGAUAUCUGUGCCAAGGAACUUUUCUUAGGAUGUUGGGGUUAAAACAAGUCAUCUUUUCCAGUAUUUUUCAUCUAGACCUACAAUAAAUGUGUACACCGUGAAAACGUACGCCACACUGUGUUUUUCCUUGAAGCUGUUAGAGCUUUAGAACGGCGUGCUUGCUUCUGUCUGCUUUCCUGAUAUUGUUGAGUGGAAACUGAAUUCGCUGUGUUGUCUGUCUUUCAGCAGUCAAUUGAAAGAGUCAUCCGAAGUCAUCUGGCUGUGGUCUUACUUUGUGCUGCGAAAAGUGAAUUUUGUACAGUCUUUUUUUUUUUUUGGUCUAGGCCUCCCCUUUAUAUACCUGAAUUAUAUACCUGAAUGCUUGCCCUGCGGGCUCUCUUUUGUUUUCUGUUUGUUUCCGUUCAGUCCCAAGUGGUUGUCCACUAGACCCUAACGUAGUCCAUCCAAGCAAACCUUUGAGCAGGUACACCUUUGUACCAAGUACUGUGGAAAGCCAGAUAUUGUUGGGGACUGUGGAUAGAAAGGUGGUUUAUGAGAGUUGGCUACAGGGUGCGUGUGUCCCCUGGAAGGGGCUUGUCCUCUGUGUGCCAUAGCCUUAACCUAGAUAGGAGACGCCUGUCCUUAACAUAAAUAAGCAGGCUCUGUGUGUGGAGAAGCAGGUGUUUGUCAGAAUUCUCAUGUAAAUCCCGAUGUGUGGUUGGGAGAGAGAUCUUCAUUUUUAUUGUGUAUAAACUAGGAAGUUGUGUUACGUAUAUUUUUUCAAAAUGGGAACUGAGGUGUAUCUUUGUGAAGCCAUACUGCGGUUUCUUCAACCUAGGACUAACUGUAAAUGUAGCAACGUGCCCAAGAUAAACCAGACCAAAACUGAAUAUAUAUCAUCACUGUGACCUUGAACUUAUUUUGGAUAAAACAGACUGUGCCUUAAAAAAUGACGAAGCAACGCCCUGCGGUUUUGUAUCUCGAUAUUUCACUGUGGGCGGCCUUCUCAAAUUCAUCUCAAAUCCUUUUCUUUCAAGCGGCUGAAAUUAUAAGUCUUCAGUAUAAAUUGGCCCCAUACCGCACAGCCGUUAUUCUUGAGACCUCCUUUAAUUUCCAGAGCUGCUUUUUGUUGUUCGAUUUAAAAAAAAAAAAAAAGAUUUAGUCUUAAUAUAGCUGGGAAAUUAGGUUUGGUUGCAGUUUCUGGAGGGAAUGUUUUAAGGGAUAAUCACGGCCCUCCUGUUUCUAAACUUAGUGAAUAUAUAUAAAUUAAUCAUUGAAGUGUAUUUUUGUCUUAUUGGUAAUCAUCAAAUAUGUGAGUUCCUUCUAAGACUUGUGCCCCGUGUUGUGGCAGAUUGAGACUUUUUUUAUUUUCUCAAGGAAGGGGUAUCAACCCAGUAAUGAUUUUGCCGUGGCUGAACUCAGAUCAAUGUUGUUUUUUUAAAAAACAUUACCAUUUCCCUCUCAUUUUCUUUUUCCUGCCUAAUUAUUUUAUGAUGUCACGGGAGAAUUAGCUCCUCUGUAUUUAAUUAAUGUAAAGUCUAGCGUUUAUAUUGUGUUCAUUUGAAAUAAGGAGUAUGAUUUUCAUUAAAGUCCAAAUUACUCGAUUUAUCAUAUAAUCUUCUUUCCCAAAGGCGUCCGGAUCCCCGUGUACUGUUUGCUUUUCCAUGUGACUUUUGGACAUAAACUCAGUGUAUUUCUCUUGUCCUGUUUCACCUUCACUAUUCCUUUACUAUGUUCAAGUUUUUAUUUAAAUAAGAGUCUCUUAAAAACUUGUAGAAAUGACAGUGUGUCUUUCCUUAAAGCCUGGUAAGACCGACAACGAGGCUGUUUAGACAAGGGUGUGUGCAAUCAAGGGUCUCUCAGCUGACAUCAGUUUUUUACCCUUACAGUUAGAGCGCAGAUGACUCAUGGCUGCUGAUGGAGACUCGGUAGAGUUAGCAUUUAUUUGCACGCCGAUUUUGUGCUGAUCUGUAAACUCUAGUGUGUAGUAACAACGCUUAGUGCAAGGAGCCUGUCCAAAAGUGUGUACUGAAAAUGAUGACCGUCGUGCAGAUCUUCCCGUCCGAACAUGCAUGCUCCUCCCCAGUGCGUCGUGCAGCGUGUAGUGCACCGAACGUACAUGCGUGUUCUUUUCUGUGUGUUUCUGGUAUGGUAUAAUUAACACUGUAUGUUACGUUGAACCAGUUGUGGUUUGGGGGAAAGUGCUGCUUCUGUGCUUUGUAGAGUGUUGUAAAUGUUUUUAACCUCUGUUCCCACGUUACGAUGUAGUUUUAUUAGGUGAGCAUUUGCCUUCUGUCUCCGCUCAGGUAUUAACGUAUAGCAAUCUGGGGUGCUUUGUUUUUAAUUUGUCGUAUUCUGGUGUUCUGAA